AGACAAGUCUUUAAUAGAUAGUUAAAAUAUUUUUACGAAGGUCGCCGACUAAUAUCUAGACAUAUUGAUAUUGAUACAGAGAAAGUCUUAUUAAGCAAGCUUUUAUUUUUUAUUUAUCAGUGUUAAAUCUUAUGAUCAUAUCUGCUACCGAUACCAUUUAGGUGAGACUGCAGAUUUUAAACAGAGCACUUAUACUUUUUUCUCAUCUGCAAUUACAUUUUAUUCGUUCAUAUUUUUGAUGGUAUCUAUCGAUUGUUAAUUAGUUCACAGGUAAAACUUUAUUUAUACUUCGGCAAUAUUGCUGCAUCUAAAGGAUGUAAGCUCUGAAAGUGCACUGCUGGUGCUCGAAAACAAUAUGCGUCAAACUAAAUCGGCAUUCUUGCUAAGUAAAAAAUAGGGACAGAAAAGAAAACGACGACGCUUCUGCGUCAAAUCACAAGUGUCCACUUAAGCUCAAUGUCAUUUGGCCAGCACUCUCGCUGGGCCAGAAGCAACAAGAAAAUUGGGUCUAGUGGCUAUUGUUUUCUGCCUACUGAUGGGCACAAUGGAAAAGCCAUAUACAUAUACAAAUGCUUAGAUAUCUAUAUUUGAAAAUCUGGACUGCAACUGGAAGAGGCAAAGGCUGAGAAACAGCAAAGGGCUCAACUGCUAUUUAGUUGCAAAACGUUGCUCGAGUCUUGGAGAUGGCAUUGCAGCUGCAAAUCGAGAAGCUCAAGGGUUUGGACAACUACAAGGCCUGGUCGAUGACGGUGCGGGCGUAUCUAGAGUCCGAAGAACUCUGGACAGUGGUGGAGAAUGGUCCCGAGAACAACGAAGAGUCCCUGCUGAAGGACAAGCGAGCCAAGUUUUUGAUUCUCUGCCUGAUUGAGACCAAGUUGUGCCAAUUCAUGGUUAGCAUCCGCACGGCCCGAGACUUGUGGAACUAUUUGCGCACCCAGCACUCGCUGCGCUAAAAUCAAAUAGAUCAGCUUCAGUCCGUUGUAUUACAAAUAUAUAUGAAUUACAGUUUA